ACGAUAAACAGAAUAGCGUCUGGUUUCGACUAUGAAGUGAACGGGUAGUGCAGCUCACUGUAUGUCUUUAAGUACUGUAGUACGCUGCGGUAGGAGGAGUUGGAGCGCUUGUGACGCCGCAAGCGGAGCCGCGGUGCUGAGCUGAACAGCGCCUGUCCACCUGCAGUAGGGCGCAAGACCAACCGGGACAAUAUUCGCUCGCAUCCUUCAGCGCUUCAAGCACAUAUCACAGGAAUUAUCGCCAACAUUUGUGAAUAACACACAUCUGCCUCGUCCGCGUGCGUGAUGGCAAAGAUGAAAUCAGGCUUCGCGAUUGUUGUGGCGUGUGCCUUAGUUGUGGGCGCAUCUUUGGGGAGUCACGGAAACGCUCAGACCAUCGCUCCGUGCCGACCAGGUUUCUCCCAGAGCUUCUACACCGUGUUUGUCCCCAGGGGUGUGCUGCAAGGCCAGAACAUUCACAAAGAUACCCUGCUGUCUUCUGGCCAUGUGAAGUUCAAAACCUGCCAGCAAACAGGCCAGGUUUAUUUUGAGAGCAGUGACCUAAAGUUCAGCGUUCGACCGGAUGGCUCUCUGUACCUAGAGCAAGAUGUGGCGAAUCUAACCGAACCGAUCCAGUUCAUGGUGACAGCCAGAGACAGCACAGACAAACAUAUCUGGGAGACCACCGUUAAACUUGCCCUUGCUGGACACCCACCAUCACCUCCUGUUAACCAGAUUGCUGGGGAUGGUUUCUAUGGCGGAUCCUCCCACAACCACUACCAAAAUCCUAGGCUCAUUACGUUUCCACGACAACACCAGCGGGGCUCCACCAAUGGGCUGCGACGACAGAAGCGAGACUGGGUCAUUCCACCAAUCAACGUGCCUGAAAAUUCCAGAGGUCCCUUUCCGCAAGUUCUUGUCAGGAUUCGAUCGGACCAGGACAAAGAGAUUGAGAUCCGCUACAGUAUAACAGGAGCGGGAGCAGACCAGCCUCCGGGUGACGUCUACAUCAUCGACCCCGUGACGGGAAAAAUGUCCGUCACCAAACCUCUGGACAGAGAGGAAAGAGCAUCCUAUCAUCUUAGAGCCCACGCAGUGGAUAUUAACGGGAACCAAAUGGAGCCUCCUAUUGAUCUGUUCAUUUAUGUGAUUGACAUGAACGACAACAGACCUGAGUUCAAGAACCAGGUGUACAAUGGAUCGGUCGCAGAGGGGUCCAAACCUGGCACUUCUGUAAUGCAAGUAACGGCCUUUGACGCCGACGACAGCACCACGGCAAAUGGGCUCGUGCACUACCGCAUCCUAAGCCAGACUCCACACAUUCCCAUCCCCAAUAUGUUCACCAUUAACGGAGCCACGGGAGAAAUCAGCACCAUUGCAGCAGGCAUCGACCGUGAGAAAGUGUCACAGUACACCGUCAUUGUCCAGGCCACAGAUAUGGAGGGCAGCCUGAACUUCGGUCUGUCCAACACAGCCACCGCUCUCAUUUCCAUCACAGACAUCAACGACAACCCUCCGGAGCUGGAUGCUAAAACUUUUCUAGGAGAGGUCCCAGAGAAUGCAGAAGGUGUGGUGGUGGCCAAUCUGACGGUGAGAGACAAGGAUCAGCCUCACACACCUAACUGGAACGCCGUCUAUAGGAUUGUUGGAGGAGAUCCCAUGGGCCAUUUCGCCAUACGCACUGAUGAGAUCACCAAUGACGGAAGGGUCAUGGUAGUUAAGCCUGUGGAUUAUGAGCGAAAUGGAGCCUUCAUGUUAACAGUGGUAGUCUCGAACCAGGCUCACUUAUCCAGCGGGAUCCCCUCAUCUCUGUCCUCCACCGCCGGUGUUACCAUCACAGUGCUGGAUGUUAACGAGGCUCCCGGCUUCCCAUCCAAUCCUAAAAUCAUACGCUUUGAGGAGGGAGUGCCUGCUGAUACCACCCUCGCUACCUUCGCCGCAGUGGAUCCAGACCGCUUCAUACAACAGACUAUUAGGUACUCCAAACUGUCAGACCCAGCCAACUGGCUGAAAAUCAACAGGACCAAUGGAAGGAUCACGACAACGGCCAUUCUGGACCGAGAGUCACAGUACAUAAAGAAGAACGUGUAUGAAGCUACCUUUUUGGCAGUGGACAACGGUUCUCCUCCUGCCACAGGAACGGGGACUCUUCAGAUUGUUUUGAUAGAUGUGAAUGACAACAUGCCCGUGCUAGUUCCCCAAGAGGCUCUGGUUUGCGAGAGGUCACGACACGGAUAUCCGGUCAACAUAACGGCUUCUGAUUUAGAUUCAGAACCCAACGCUGGGCCAUAUGUGUUUGAGCUGCCUUCAUACCCUUCUUCUGCUCGCCGUAAUUGGACUAUAUCACGACUAAAUGGCAACUAUGCCCAGUUGAAACUGCGGAUCCCUUAUCUGGAAGCAGGCAUGUACAGAGUUCCCGUUGUAGUCUCUGACUCUGGAAAUCCUCCGCUGUCCAAUACCUCUGUGUUGAAGGUAAAGGUGUGUCCCUGCGAUGAAAAUGGAGACUGUACUGUGGUCGGGGCAGUGACUGUUGCCGGGCUGGGAACUGGAGCCAUCAUCACCAUCCUUAUCUGCAUUAUUAUACUGCUCAGCAUGGUGCUGUUCUUUGUGGUUUGGGUAAAGCGCAGAGAGAAGGAACGUCAAACCAAACCUCUAUUGAUCGACCCUGAGGAUGACGUCAGAGAUAAUAUACUGAAGUAUGAUGAAGAGGGGGGUGGAGAGGAAGAUCAGGACUAUGACCUGAGUCAGCUGCAACAGCCUGAGUCUCUCGAUCACAUAAUGAGCAAGCCUGCAGGUGUGCGGCGAGUGGACGAGAGACCCGUUAUCCUAGAAUCUCAGUACCCUGUCAGGCCAACAGUACCACACCCAGGAGACAUCGGGGAGUUCAUUAUUGACGGUCUGCGCGCGGCAGAUAAUGACCCCACUGCUCCUCCCUACGAUUCCCUGCUGGUAUUCGACUACGAGGGCAGUGGCUCCACAGCAGGCUCUGUCAGUUCCCUGGAUUCUUCCAGCUCUGGGGAACAGGACUAUGACUACCUCAAUGACUGGGGCCCACGCUUCAAAAAACUGGCGGACCUCUACGGAGGAGGUGGAGAGGACUGAAGGUGCCAGUUAGAAAAGGGCAGAGGGGAACAGAGAGGGCCAGGAGGGACAGUUAGCUUCUCGGUUUAGAUGUUUCAUUGAGAAGCUAUAUGAUGAGACUCCGACGCGAGCUGAUCUCUCAAACUAGUUCCUCUGCAAGCUAUGGAGCCAUCGAGAAGGGAGGAUAUUGCCCUGCAGCCUGCUCUGGACCUUUGCUGCAAUCCACAAGUAUUUUAUGGCUUUUUACGAUAUUUCGCGUUGUGGUUUCUUCAAUGUUGUUUUGUCAUUCCUCUCGGACUGCCUGGAGGCGGAAGAUGGAAUCGAGAUGUGACGGAAACAGCGAACUCGGCACGCACGAUUAAAAAACGAGUCCGUGUGUUCUUUCUCUGUUCGCUUUGUCACAAAGAAGAGAUCCACACACACACACACACACAGUUUUUCUCUCAACUUGAAUUUCAGUAGAACAGAAGCACUGUUGUUGAUAAAGUGCCUUUUGUGGUGUGUUUUGUAUCAGACUCCUGCAAUCUCAGGGUCGGUUGCCAUUUUGAAAAGUUUCUUCUGGGCACACGCCCUUGUUCCUGUCCGCUCCUCUCAACUACCGAUACUUUACUUUCAUCCCCACAUCAGUAUUGCAAAACGCCUCUUUGACUAUCACAUGGAAAAAUAAACAAAAGAAACGAAGAAUGUUUCUUUGUUUAAAAAGACAUUUUUUCAUUUUCCCGCAGGAAAAUCAUUCUCCUGUGAGAAAUUGGAGCGUAAGAAGUACAGUGAUCCAAUUCGGAAAUCAUAAUUUGUUUUUUGUUUUUCAAACUUGACCGACCACGACCAUAUAAUGUUAUGUUGUGUAAUGGUUGUGUAAAAAAAUCAAGGUUUUUCUUUUUUAAAAGAAGAAAAAACUAAUGGAGAAUGCCUUUUAGCUCAUACUCUUGCCUGCCUUGUACGAUUUUGUGUUGCGUUCCAGUUUGUAAAGGUAAUUUAGGCAUGACAAGUUAUCAGACAGCGAGACUAGAAGAGAUGGCUGAAGAAACCAGACUCGAAACGGAUUGCAUCAGAAGAAACCCUUUUUUUGGUCUUGAACAUUCCCCUUUUCUAACUUUAUAAGUUGAUUAAAAUAUUAUACGUGCAUGACUUCUUUCAAAAACAAUGUCUCGGAUCUCUCGCACUUGUUCCUCUGUGGUCAGAAUGUGAAAAGUAGUUGGCAAAGAAUAUACACCAUACAGAAUAAAUAUAAUCUGAGAAAAAUAAAAACGAAAAAAAAAAAAAAAAUUAAA